AUGGCACAACUUGAUUUACUUCAACAACAAUUUCAGAUUCUGAACGCAGAAGUCAGUCAUUUAAUCGAUUUGAAAAUGAAUGACAAAUUACCAGUGAUGGAGAGUCAAUUGCAAAACCUUGCGAACAAUUUUCAGCAUGCACAGAUUAUGGGAAUUACUGGCAGGAAAAGCUACAGUGUUAUAGGUAGUGGUGUUGAUAUGUUGUGCCUUCCUCAUGACCCAGAAUCAGCGCCUUCAGACUUCCCUACAAGUGUAUUUGACCACAGUGCUGAUAAAAUAUGGGGCAGUGAAUACCAGUUUACAUACAAGAACAUUGCCGUUGAUGACACUGUUCCUUGUGCAGUGUGUAAAGUGCGUUCUGCAACUGCAACACUGAUGAUUCCUGCUUAG